CCGGCUCUCUCUCUACUCUCUAGUCGUCUCCCUCCAUCCUUCGCUCGUCUUGGAGGCGAAGAAAGAAAGAAGAGAACCCCGCCGCCCAUAUCUUCUACCCGAUUAAACCCCAACCAGAAACCAUUUCCCAUUCCCCACCCACUCCCACCCAACGCGCGCGGGAUGCACCUCUACAACGCCUGGCUGCCGCCGCCGGUGGCCGAGGCCGCGCGGGCCGAGCCGCCCGCCUUCGCCGCCGCGGUGCGGGCCGCCCAGGCCGCGUGGCGCCCCGGCGCCGACCCCGACCCCGCCUACGCCACGCUCAAGUGGAUCUCCGUCUUCGACCUUUUUAUCAAAGCAAAGAGUGAUGUUGCUCCUGGGGAUGUACAUGCUCUUGUAGAGCUUGGGUUUGGAAUAUUUCACGCGUCACGGGACAAGUUUGUUGUUCAGAUAAAAUGGGGAGGUUUGCUUGUCAGGCUUUUGAAAAAGCAUGUGAAGAGGCUUUCACUUGAUGUGCAAUGGAGGCCGCUUUACGAGACAUUGAUAAGAACCCAUUUCAAGAGAAACAUGGGUCCUGAGGGCUGGAAAGUGCGACAACAACACUUUGAAACCAUCACCACCUUGGUGCGAGCCUCUAGGGUUUUCUUUCCUGAAGGUGCGGCUGCUGAGAUUUGGUCGGAAUUCAGGCCCUUGCUGGAAAAUCCAUGGCAUAACUCAGCAUUUGAAGGUGUUGGAUUUCUCAGGCUGCUUCUUCCUGCAAACUCAAGGAACCAGGAUCACUAUACAAUGGAUUGGGUUGCAGAAUGUCUAGACAUUUGGGACUCUGUCACAAAUUGUAACUUCUGGGAUAUCCAAUGGGCUUCAAUCAUAGCACGUUCUAUUAAAAAUUCCAGAUCCCUUGAAUGGGAGAAUUUUCUGCCGCUACUGUUUACAAGAUACUUGAACAUGUUUGAGGUUCCUAUUUCAGGUGGGAAUGGGUCAUACCCCUUUCCAGUGGAGGUGCCUAGCAACACAAGAUUUUUGUUUUCCACUAAGACCAGAUCACCUUCCAAGGCAAUUGCGAAGUCUGUUGUGUAUCUUUUGAAGCCUAAAAGUCUAGCACUGGAGCAAUUUGAGAAGCUCAUAAAUUUUCUAGAACAGUUCUAUCAUCCAUCAAAUGGGGGUCGUUGGACCUACUCAUUGGAGCGUUUUCUUCGAUAUCUUGUUUUUUACUUCGAAAGACGCCUUCAAGAUGAACAAUUUUACACAAUGGAUGAGAAAAACAAACAGCUUUGUUUGGGAAAAGAAGAAAGGGUGUCUUUUAUCAAAGUAGUCCUGAAAUUACUGGAUCGUGGUCAGUAUAGCAAGGACGAUUCUCUUGCUGAAACAGUAUCGAUUGCAACUUCAAUCCUGUCUUAUGUUGAGCCAUCCAUGGUGCUUCCGUUUCUUGCAACAAACUUCCAACUAGCCUUAGAAACAACUACUGCCACCCACCAGUUAAAAAAUGCUGUCACUUCUGUCGCAUUUUCUGGACGUGCACUUCUUCUAAGUUCUUUGUGUUCAACUCAGUCUGAUGAUAGUAGCACUGUUGAUACGCUCAAUGAUCUUAUUGUCACUUCUCUUUCAAAUGCAUUGCUUGGUAUGGAUGCCAACGAUCCGCCUAAAACUAUAGCGACAAUGCAGUUAAUUGGUUCCAUAUUUUCAAAUCUGGCUACAGUUGGUGUUAGUGAUGAUGUGCCUGCUUUCCUCCAAUCUUCCUCUCUGUCAGACUGGCUGGACGAGUUCUUUUGUCGUCUAUUUUCUGUGCUUCAGAAUUUGGAAUCAAGUAGUCCCAUUUCAGAGGGUUACCAGGCCUCAAUCAUGUCGGGAACUUUUCUCGUUGAGGACAGCCCUCACUAUUUCUGCAUGCUAGAAAUACUUUUGGGGAAGUUAUCAAAAGCCUUAUUUAAUCAGUCCCUGAAAAAAAUUGCCAAGUUUGUCAAUUCAAAUAUCCUUCCUGGUGCUACUUCAGAAGUUGGACUUCUUUGUUGUGCCUGUGUUCAUUCAUAUCCUGAGGAGGCUUCUGUCUACCUUCUAAAGCCUAUCUUAAUGACUAUCAUGUCCUCCUUCGAAGGCACUCCAACAACAGGCUAUGUUGGAAGAGCAGUUCCUAACAAUACAGCUACUAAGGCUACACUUUCUCCUGCUCUGGAAACAGCACUGGACUAUUAUCUGAGGGUUUUGGCUAUAUCCAUCAGUUAUGCUGGUCCCGCCUUACUCAACUAUAGAGAAGAAUUAAAGCACGUAAUUAUGUCUGCAUUCCAGGCCCCUUCAUGGAAGGUCAACGGAGCUGGUGAUCAUCUCCUUCGCUCUGUUCUAGGAAACCUGGUUUCGUAUUAUCCACUGGAUCAGUAUAAGCCAUUUUCUUGCCAUUCUAUUGCUAAUAUUAUUGAACCAUGGGGUUGUUCAAAAGCUCACCAAGGCAGUGAGGCUGAAAUGCUGAAGUUUUCUCCAAAAUGGCAUGAUCCCAGCCAAGAUGAACUAUCGUUUGCCAGUGAGUUGUUAGACUUUCAUUUUCAAUCAGCUUUGGAAGAUCUUUUGGCUAUUUGCCAGGCGAAAGUUCAUUCUGACAAAGGAGAUGAGAAGGAGCACCUAAAAGUAACACUAUUGCGCAUUCAUUCUGCAUUGCAGGGAGUAAUGUCAUGUUUACCUGAAAUGCGUCCAUCAUAUAAAGAUGGGAGGUCCAAGGUAGUAGAGCCCAGUUUCUUUAUUGCAGGAUCUUCUGGUAGCACCGUUGGCAGCUCUGAAAUGCGUGAAAAGGCUGCAGAACUUGUGCACUUAGCUUGCAGGUACUUAUUGAAGGACCGAACUGAUGAUAGCAUUCUCCUAGCACUUGUAGUACGCGUGAUCGAUGCUUUGGCAAACUAUGGUAGCUUGGAAUAUGAUGAAUGGUCAAGUCAUGUUCAAGCUUGGAAAUUAGAAUCUGCCGCCAUCAUUGAGCCUCCAUGCAACUUCAUUGUUCCAUUUCAUGCUCAAGGAAAAAAGAGGCCUAGAUGGGCCCUUGUUGAUAAAGCACACUUGCAUAAUACGUGGAGAUGUGCACAAGCAUCAUACCAGAGAUACCGUACAAAUGCAGAUGUGUCUCCAUCCAGCAUCAUGGUUACUAUGGUGAAUGAUCUCCUAGAUCUCUCACUACACAAUUAUGAAACUGUUCGCUCGUAUGCCGGAAGAUCCCUAACAAAAUUGCUGAAGCGCUGGCCUUCUCUAAUCUCCAGUUGUGUUCUUAUCUUGACUGAGAAUUUGCGUGACUCAAAAGCCCCUGAACAUGUGGUGCUUGGUUCUUGCAGCAUUCUCUCAUCACAUACUGUGUUAAGACACUUGACAACUGACUCUCUUUCCCUCUCUUCAUUUAUCAUGGGAAUUUUGGAAAGCUCUCAUCAUGAAUCACUUAAGUGCCAGAAAGCUAUUACUGAGCUCUUUGUGAAGUACAAUAUACGUUUCUCUGGAAUAUCGAGGGGUUUCUUCAAAAGUUCUGAAAGUCAGCCUGACAAGCCGGGAUUUAUCAGUUUGUUUUCUCAAAUUAAUGCUUUGGGCUUUGAGACUAACAGUCUCCAUUGGCGGUACAAUCUGAUGGCCAAUAGAGUACUUCUGUUACUAAUUUUGGCAUCCAGAAGUGAGCCUGACAUAUAUUCACAAAUUCUGGCGGAAACUGCUGGUCAUUUCUUAAGGGAUUUGAAGAGUCAACUCCCCCACUCAAGGAUGCUUGCAAUAUCUGCGCUGAACACACUAUUACACGGAACACCUGAUAAGGCAUCUGUUAAAGACUCACAACAACCAUUAGAUCACCUAGAAGAAAGCAGCAUUUUGUCCACUGGAAAUUUCUUGAAUGACAUAAUCCAGGAGGAAGGAUUUAUGAGUGACACACUAACCAGUCUAUCUCAUGUCCACAUUAUUUCUGAUAAUGAUGGUUCAUCGAAAGCAAGUUACGGAGCUUCAUCUUUUCAAAGUGGGUCUGACAAAGCAAUGACUUACUUUUAUUUUGAUUUCUCUGCCUCGUGGCCAUGCACCCCUAGUUGGAUUUCUUUAGUGGGCGGUGGCACGUUCUAUUCCAGCUUUGCUAGGAUAUUCAAAAGACUUAUACAACAAUGUGGAAUGCCAGUAAUAUCUUCACUUCAGAUUGCACUGGAAGAAUUUCUGAGUUCAAAAGAGAGAUCGAGACAAUGUGUAGCGGCUGAAGCCAUGGCAGGCAUGCUUCACUCUGAUGUCACUGGGAAUUUGGAGUCUGGGAGUGACUGGUUGAUGCUUCAGUUGCAGAAGAUUGUGUUAGCUCCAUCUGUGGAAUCAGUUCCUGAAUGGGCAACUUGCAUUCGAUAUGCUGUUACUGGGAAAGAAAGAUCUGGAACUCGUGCUCCAGCUCUCAGGCAAAGAGUAUUAGAUUGCUUAUGUACAGCAGUUCCUCAAUCCAUAGCAACUAGUGUACUUGCCAAGAGAUAUUCUUUUCUGUCUGUAGCUCUGAUUGAAAUUUCUCCACGCAAAAUGUCUCCAGCAGAGGAGCAGUAUCAUGUUAAAAUUCUCAAUGAACUGCUUGACAACAUGAGUCACUCGUCUGCCCAGGUAAGAGAAGCGAUUGGUGUGGCCAUGUCUAUCACAUGCUCUAACGUGAGACUAUCUGGGUCAUUUGGGCCUUCAUGUUCUUCGGGAGAACUGUGUGGGGAUGUAAGCAUGACUGAACAAACAGGAAAUGAAUAUUGGUCCAAACGUUUGACAGAUGGAGCUACCGAAUUAUCUGUGCGUAUACAGAACAAUAUUCAGUCUAAGCAACUGGAGUUGGCAUCGGAUUUGGGCACUGAAAAUGGCUUGGACAAUAAAGAUGACGCUGAUGCUAAAAGAAUGGAAACGAUUUUUCAUUUCAUGAUCGCAUCUCUGAAGUCUGGGAGAUCUUCUGUUCUAUUAGAUGUUAUUAUUGGGCUCUUCUAUCCUGUUCUAUCACUACAGGAAACAUCAAAUAAAGACUUGUCAUUGCUCGCAAAGGCAGCAUUUGAAUUGCUAAAAUGGCGGAUUUGGCAGCGCCCUUUUCUUGAAACAGCUAUUACGGCUAUCCUCUCUUCGGUCAAUGAUCCUAAUUGGCGAACCAGAUCUGCGUUGUUAUCAUAUCUCAGGACCUUUACGUACAGGCACACAUUCCUUCUUUCUGGCUCAGAGAAAUCACAAAUCUGGCAAACAAUUGAGAAGUUACUUGUGGAUAACCAAGUUGAGGUCAGGGAGCAUGCUGCUGGUGUUCUUGCAAGCUUAAUGAAGGGUAUAGAUAAAGAUCUAUCCAAGGAUUUCCGUGAUAGAUCAUAUGCACAAGCCCAACGUAUCCUUGAUACUAGGAGAAGAACUCCAAAGUCAGGUCACCCUGUUGCUACCAUCCAUGGUGCAGUACUUGCUCUGACGGCUUCGGUGCUUUCUGUCCCGUACGACAUGCCAAGCUGGCUUCCUGGUCACGUAACCCUGCUCGCCCGCUUCAUCCGUGAGCCAUCCCCCGUGAAAUCUACUGUGACCAAGGCCGUUGCUGAGUUCAAGAGGACGCAUGCAGACACGUGGAGCAUCCAGAAGGACGCCUUCACAGAGGACGAACUGGAGGUUCUGCGUGACACGUCGUCCUCGUCGUCGUACUUUGCUUAGACGCAAUGACCGAUCUUUUACCAGGAAGAAGAAUACUUGCACGUGCUGGUGAUAGAAGAUUUUACGAUUUAUAAUUUUUAAAAUCAAGGACCUGCUGGUGCUGAUCAUAGAUUCAUAGUUACAUAUUGUUGUAUUAUAGUUAGUUUAGUCAAUAAAGGCUUUUCUUCAUACAGUGAUGCACGUUAUACAAAUAGAACAAAUGCUUGAUAUAUGGACUUGAAUGAUUCUGUAGUCUGAAAUUUACUUGUGCAAUUUUAUUAUUUUGUUUCGCCAA